UUUAUGAUUCUAAGGUCGCUAAAGUUAUGUUAAUUGCUUUGUUACUUGUGGUUAAGUUAUUAAGGCAUUGAAGUUAGCAGGAAUCUUUGAAGCUUUGGGCGAGACGUUAUUAUCCAGACUUCUUAUAUGGCUCGCUUCAAAAAUAAGAAGAAGUUAUUUGUGAAGCCAGUUGUAAAGAAAAACCAGCCCAAUGUGAACCAUAUAACCGGUGAUAAGAUCCCAAAGAGUUUUGUGUUUUCCAGGGGGAAGUUACCUGGUCCUGUCAGACAACUGCAAAUGGACUUGAGAAAAUUGAUGCUUCCUUAUACUGCUCUCAAUCUCAAGGAGAAGAGACGAAAUAAUCUCAAAGACUUUCUGAAUGUUGCAGGACCCAUGGGUGUUACACAUUUCCUAAUAUUGUCAAAAACAGAAACUGCACCAUAUCUAAGAGUUGCAAGGACUCCACAGGGACCGACACUUACAUUUAAAAUUCAAGAAUAUUCUUUGGCAGCUGAUAUUGCUCAGUCUCAGUUGCGUCCUCGAUGUCCUCAAGAUCUUUUCAAGACCCCCCCUUUGAUUGUUCUUUCUGGUUUUGGCACUGGAGAACAACAUCUGAAGCUUGCCACUAUUAUGUUUCAGAACAUAUUCCCUGCGAUUGAUAUCAACACUGUCAAUCUUUCUUCUUGCCAGAGAAUUGUGUUACUUAAUUACAAUAAGGACACAAAGCUUAUUGAUUUUCGGCAUUAUUCCAUUCGUCUACAACCUGUGUGUGUCUCCCGUAGAAUCAGAAAAUUUGUUCAGAAUCAUCAAGUCCCUGACCUUCGAAACUUGCAAGAUGUGAGUGAUUUUGUAACAAAGGCUGGUUAUGGGUCAGAGAGUGAAGCAGAUGAUGAAGCUGCAACUGUGACUCUGACUAGUGAUAUUGGUAGAGUUAACCGGGCAUCUGCAAAAAGUGCUGUACGGCUUCAAGAGAUUGGCCCAAGAAUGACCCUUCAACUUACUAAGGUUGAGGAAGGAUUAUGUUCUGGUGGAGUCAUAUUCAACGAAUAUGGAAAUGUCAGUGAGAAGAAAAAGCAUGAAGAUGCUGAUGAGAACAUGGUGACAGAUGAAGCAGAUGAGGAAGAAGAAAAUGAGGACAAUGAUGAAGAUCAGGAAGAAGAGGACGGGGACAAUGAAGCCGAAAGUGGUGAUGAAGAUUGAUGUUUGACACAGGCCUGAUCGUUCUCUGGAACCAGAUGCUCAGAAUGGAACGCUUGCCUGUUGGAACUCCCUCUGGACUAUGAUUUUAUUCAUGGAGGAUCUGGGUAUCAAAGGCAGUGGAAAAAGUACUCAGUAUUGUACCCACUUGUCAGUUAAAUUUUGACAUGUGAAUUUUCGAGCUUUUAAUUAACCUAAUUUUUGCAAGAGCUGUUUACUCUAAAAAUCCCCUGUUGCAGCCACCUUUUCCUCUUUAACCUUCAUUCUACCUGAUCUUCGUCUCUUUUGUUUGGGAUGACCAUACGAGCAGUGGGUUAUGUAAGAUGUUAGACACUUCAUGAAGAUUUUAAAAUUUUUAGGUAUAA